AGCGGAACUAACAUCUCAUCCGGCCCAAUUGUCAACCUCACCUGCACGCGUCGGUCGUUCGUAAGAAUAGCUGACGGCGGUUGUCUCCAGUAAAGGCAACCGUGGUGCCCCCUGCUAGACAACGGACGAGGCUCUGGCGACCGAGUAACUGGCGGUAUAACCAGUCAACGCUUUAUAUGGACCUAAAUCAUCCAUGUUCGGGAUCAUCCAUCUUCUUAACUAUCCCCGGUUUUCCUGUCUCGAGCGAGCAGGUUUUUGUGCGUCAGAUGACAAUCGGCACUGGUCUAAUAAACCCAAAAAUGUCAAAUUUUCAGGAAAGCAAAUGAAUAUGAAAAGGUUACCAAAUGUUUUGUGUAUAAAGGAUAGGGCGUCGCCGCGAAACGACGCGCAGACACAUCGCCCUACCUCUGCGACAAAUAUACUAGGGCUACCGAGUCAAGGACGGGCUCGGCCAAAGACGUUAGUCCCGGAAAGUAACCUUAAAGUCCGCUUCGCAACUUUGAAUGUUGGAACACUAUCUGGAAAAACGAAAGAGCUUGCAUGUCUAUUCAAACGUAGAAAGGUGGACUUUGUUUGUCUCCAGGAGACGCGAUGGACUGGUUCAAAGGCUCGAAAUAUCGGAGAAGGCUACAAGAUCAUAUACACUGGAGCUAAAGACGGCAGAAAUGGAGUGGCUGUUGCGGUACACCAAGACCAUCUCGAAAACAUCGUAGAGAUAAAUCGUGUAAGUGACAGACUGAUGUACCUCAAAAUACUAAUCGAAGGAGAGCUAGUGAACGUCAUAUCAGCAUACGCACCCCAAACGGGUUGUAGUGAAAUUGACAAAACCGCUUUCUGGAACAUGUUCGAUGGUACUCUGCAACAGGUCCCGGCAAAGGAAACUAUCAUCAUUGGAGGAGACCUAAAUGGUCAUAUUGGCACAACUAGCGAACCUCACAAUAGAAUCCAUGGGGGACACGGCUAUGGCAAUUUAAACGAAGCAGGCAAAGUGAUCCUCCAAACUGCUUUGGCUUUUGAUCUAGCCAUUAUAAACUCCUUUUUUAAGAAAAAGCCGGAACAUAUAAUAACGUACAAGAGUGGCCCAGCAUCCUCGCAGAUAGACUACAUACUAACAAAUCGCGCACAUAUAGGCCGUGUAAAAAAUUGCAAAGUGAUUCCUGGUGAAUGCGCUAUAACCCAACACAGAAUCGUUGUAGCGGACAUGGUCUUCAAGAGAACAUCAAAUUUAAAACCAGCACGAACUGCUGAGAUUACAAAAUGGUGGAAUCUGAAAGGAGAAAAGACCGAAGAGUUCCGUCAACACCUAUCUGACGUAAAAGUUGACACAACACAAGAUGUUGACAAAAUUUGGGAACACCUUCACAAGUGCCUCACAAAAGCUGGAAACGUUAUCCUUGGACGAACAAAAGGCGGAAAAAGAACUCCAAGAGAGACAUGGUGGUGGACAGACACGGUGCAACAAGCCCUGAAAGACAAGAAAUCUGCUUUUAAAACCUGGCAGGCCACAAAAACACCAGAAGACCGAGAGGAGUAUAAGAAAGCCAAAAAACAUGCAAAGAAAACGAUAGCUAUUGCACAGGCGAAUUCACUUAAGGAUAUGUAUUCGACACUAGAUAGCAAAGAAGGCCAAAAACAAAUAUAUAAACUCGCAAAACAACGAAACCAGAGCACAAAGGAUCCGGCUACCUGUCGAGUCAUCAAGGGAACAAAUGGCGACUUACUGUAUAAAGACAAAGACAUCAUAGCAACCUGGCAAAAAUAUUACGAAGAUCUGUUAAACAAAAUACCCGUUAAUAUCAAUCUCCCAGAAGCACACAAAAACCAAGGUUUGAUUGCUCCAAUAAAUCCAUGGGAAGUAAAGAGGGCUUUGCAAAAGAUGUCGAAUAAGAAAGCAGUAGGUCCCGACGGAAUACCCGUAGAAGCAUGGAAGUGCCUUAGUGACCACGGCAUUAUUCUACUCACAAACUUCUUCAAUCGCAUGAUGGAGACAUCGAAAAUGCCAUCUGCAUGGGGAUUAAGCACAAUCGUACCCAUCUACAAAGGGAAAGGAAGUAAACUUGAGUGUAAUAAUUACCGUGGAGUCAAACUUAUGUGCCAUACAAUGAAGUUGUACGAAAGAGUGAUUGAUAGCCGACUGAGGCAGGAGUGCUCACUCUCAAAAAACCACUACGGCUUUGUUCCCGGCGUAUCCACUACGGAUCCCAUGUUCGCUCUAAAUACUAUUGCCGAAGAAUACCGUGCUAAGAACUGUCCCCUGUACAUCGCAUUUUUGGACAUGGAAAAAGCGUUCGAUCGCAUACCGAGAGAUGCUAUCUGGUGGAGCUUACGCAGAAAAAGCGUCCCUGAGAAGUAUGUCAGUAUAAUUGCGGACAUGUAUAAAAAUGCAAGGUCUGUUGUGAAGACGGUUGUAGGUGCUACUCGGCCCAUUGCUGUAGCAGAAGGGGUACACCAAGGUUCAGUCCUAAGCCCUUUCCUGUUUUUCUUGGUCCUGGAUGCGCUGACGGAAACAGCACAGAGUACGGCUGCGUGGACGUUUAUAUACGCGGACGAUGUAGCAAUCUGCACGGAGAGCAGAACCUCCCUACAAAAGGCCCUUCUGGAGUGGAAACAUCAGUUGCAAAAAGGCGGCCUAAAGCUAAGUGUUACUAAAACCCAAUACAUGGCAUGCAACGAACCAGACCCAGAUGACAGCCCCAUCAUCAUCGACGGCCAACAAGUCAUCAAGUGCGACCAAUAUAAGUAUUUGGGUAACAUGAUGCACAGUUCUGGUAAAGUGGAAUACAACAUCCAACACAGAAUAGCUGCCGCCUGGCUAAAAUGGCGCGAAGUAACUGGUGUUACUUGUGACAGAAGAAUGCCGGUAAGGUUGAAAGGUCUUGUGUACAAAACCAUCAUACGCCCGGUCCUAAUGUAUGGCAGUGAGACCUGGGCAGCGACGCAAACGCAUGUCAGAGCGGUCCAAGCGGCUGAAAUGAAGAUGUUGAGGUGGAUGUGCGGGGUCACAAGGCUUGACAGAAUCCGCAAUGAGUACGUUCGCGGCAGCCUGGGAGUACGUGACAUCGCCGACAAACUCCAAGAAAACCGCUUGCGAUGGUUCGGACAUGUCAAGAGAAGACCACCUGACUAUGUUGGAAACGAAGCACUACGCCUGUCCGCCCCCGGUCGGAGAUCCCGAGGAAGACCUAAAACCAGAUGGAUAGACGUAGUGCAAAAAGACCUACGACACUGCCAAGUCUCUGAAGACGACGUUGGAGACAGGGCGAAGUGGAGAGAGAAAACGAGGAAGGCAGACCCCACCACCAUAUGGGACACAUAGCCUGAAAGAGA